CUCUACUGCCCUUAUGUGAUCACCUGCCCAAUCACGCUCCAAACUAGAGCUCGCAUCUGAUGGCUGUGAACAGACAAGUGAAGCCAAGCUCUCAAGGUUGGAAAUCCACGACGCGCAAACGCCGCCUCUCAUCAAUUGUGUACGAUCCAGCGAGGGAAAAACUCUCCGUCGAGUCGAUUCCGGUUGAAAAGUUAACAGGCUACACUCCUGUUGACUGUCCUGGUAGCAACAGCCAUGUCGACAUUUUUAUAGAUAUUGGGGAAGGCGUCACCAAAACCCUCAUUGCGAGAGUUGACCUCUCGAAAUUAUCUGCUAUACUGUUAUAGCUUCUAUGUCGGAGAAAAAACUGGCCGAAAUUGGCACGUGUAUAUAAAC